AAACACUGUACAACUCAGACUACAGAGGAAUAUCAAGAAAAUGGGCAAAGUAUCAAUUAUACCUCCUCUCUUACUUUAAAUCACCAAUCAUUUAUUAAAGAGACAUCACAUGCAUUUAUAAACUAUGGGGAAAAUUUCAGUUUGAGCAGUAAUCUUAUUUGCCAUAAAGAGGAGAAACCGUAUGAGUGUGGAAAGGGUUUUAGUAAGAAACAGCUGCUUAUUUUGCCCCAAAAAAUUCCCCCAGGAGAGAAACCGUAUAAAUGUACAGAAUGUGGAAAGAAUUUCAAUCAAGACAGUUACCUUAGGAAACAUAAGAUAAUUCAUACAGGGAAGAAACGAUAUACAUGUUUUAAAUGUGGAAGGAAAUUCAUGGGAAAUGGUAGCUUUAUUAUGCACGUGAAAAUUCACACAGGGGAGAAACCAUACAAAUGUUUGGAGUGUGGAAAGCACUUCAGUCAGAACAGUAACCUUAUCAAACAUACAAUAAUUCACAGAGGGGAGAAACCUUGUAAGUGCACAGAGUGUGGAAAGAGGUUCAGUCAGAAAAGUCUACUUGUGCAACAUAGAAGAAUACAUGCAGGGGAGAAACCCUAUAAGUGCACAGAAUGUGAAAAGAGAUUUAGUGCAAGAGAUAGCUUUAUGACACAUAAAAGGUUGCACGCAGGAGAGAAGCCAUAUAAAUGCUUGGAGUGUGGAAAGAGCUUCAUUUGCAGCAGGUAUCUUACAUACCAUAAACGGAUUCAUGCAGGGGAGAAACCAUAUAAAUGCAUGGAAUGUGGAAAGAAUUUCAAUUCAAAUUCACAUCUUACAGAUCAUAUAAGAGUACACACAGGAGAGAAAACAUAUAAAUGCUCAGAGUGUGGAAAGAGCUUCAGUCGGAACAGUGUCCUUACUCGCCAUAAAAGGAUACACACAGGAGAGAAACCAUAUGAGUGCACAGUGUGUGGAAAGAGCUUCAGUCAGAACAGUGUACUUUCUUGCCACAAAAGGAUCCACACAGGAGAGAAACCAUAUGAAUGCACAGAGUGUGGAAAGAGCUUUAUUCAGAAAAGUCUACUUGUGCAACAUAAAAGAAUUCACAGAGGGGAGAAGCCCUGUAAGUGCACAGAAUGUGGAAAGAGGUUCAGUCAGAAAAGUCUACUUGUGCAACAUAAAAGAACACACACAGGGGAAAAACCCUAUAAGUGUGCAGAAUGUGGAAAGAGGUUUAGUGUGAGAUGUAGCUUUAUGAGACAUAAAAGGGUUCACACAGGAGAGAAACCCUAUAAGUGCGCAGAAUGUGAAAAGAGAUUUAGUGCAAGAGAUAGCUUUAUGAGACAUAAAAGGGUGCACACAGGGGAGAAACCAUAUAAAUGCUUGGAGUGUGGAAAGAGCUUCACUUGCAGCAGGUAUCUUGCAUCCCAUAAACGGAUUCAUACAGGGGAGAAACCACAUAAAUGCCUAGAGUGUGGAAAGAGCUUCACUCGCAGCAGGUAUCUUACAUACCAUAAACGGAUUCAUACAGGGGAGAAACCUUAUAAAUGCAUGGAAUGUGGAAAGAGUUUCAGUGGAAACUCACAUCUUACAGAUCAUAUGAGAGUGCACACAGGAGAGAAACCAUAUAAAUGCACAGAGUGUGGAAAGAGCUUCAGUCGGAACAGUGUCCUGAUUUGCCAUAAAAGGAUACAC